AAAAAUCUCCUCUGCCAUAGCUACACAAUUUGGAUGGAACACAUGGGGUUUAUAUUGCCGUCAAACCCACAGAUAUAAUGUCUACGAUCAAACCUCGCGCAAAUAUCUUAACCGCCUGCUGAACCAGUCACGUGGUACAGCCGGGCAGCGAGGCGUCGGACGUCGCCAAUGACGUCACUCGUCUGAAACGAUACAAGCCUCGGUACGCGCUUCGCGGGAACACUUCCUAUAUUACUGCUUGACUUACGCCUCGAAGCACCGGCACAGCAGGUAACAUUACUACCUUCCGGUUGUUCUCCGCGUUUGAUUUAAGAACAUACAGUGUAUGCGUUUCGCGGUGGUGGUAACGGAGCAUCAGGUUUUGCUGUAAAAGCCAUAACAAAGCUCAGUAGCUUCUGCAGCACGAACACAACCCUGUGAUCAGCCAUUGUUGUUUUGGCCGGACCCGCGCAGGCGUCCUAGGCUAUGUGUGACGUAAGCGUUUCAAGAAAGAUGCGGCUGUCUGUCCACCCGGAGGUGAAACGGUAGUCGUUUACGGAUUUGUGCACUCUGGCGGCCCGUUCCCAAAACGCUGUUUCCGUGUGGAUGAAACGUCGAUACGACAAAAAAACAAAAGAUGGCGCCCUCUCGGUGUAAAAGACCCACCAGCGCUGCUAUGCUGCUGAGCCACAGGAGCAGAGGGAUCAAGGAUGCUGGAUCCAUUACUAGACUCAAUAUGAAGCUCUUGAGAGGGAUAAUUAUUCAGGACAGCAGGGAAUUUAUCAAAGUCUGGAGUAAGACGUCAAAAUCCACAAUAAUGUAUGAGAGUGGUAAACUGUACUUCGAAAACUACCAGAUCUGUCAUAGCUGUAUUCAUCCUCCGCCUCAGCUACUUUACGCACUGCCCAGGAGAUCUAAACUGGAUAAAAUUGAGGAUGCCUUGCUGUGUCAGAGCUCACUUGACAAAACCCUGCCAUCCCCCUCUGAUCACAAACCCAGCCUCUUGGCUUUGGCCAAUAACUGGCUGUUACGCCUCUCACCUGAAACUGGAAAAGAGCUGCAGAGAUUUUAUCUCUCCUCAAAAACCAAGUUCAAGUAUCUUAACUGGGAUGCUUCCCAAGAGAUAUUUUAUGUGAAAUCUAUUCUAAACAGAUCAGCACUUGCAAGACAGGCUGGUACAGUGAUGACUCUGACCAUCUUUAAAGUUUUCCCCUUGGAAAUUGUGGGCAGUUUGGAGAUCAACACAAAGGUUUUUGGAAGUGAUGUGGCAGAUGUCAUCCUGUCUCUGGGGAUCCUUGUGGUGUCUCACAGCAACAAGUCAGUAAGGCUGUAUAGCUUUGAGCACAUCCUUAAAAAGCACUUGACGGAAAAGUUAACGUUGGGCAAACCGAGUUCCCUUCUUGGAGGCAAAACAGUGGGAGCAAUGCCAGUUGGUAUUCCAGUGAAUAUCCAGAUCACAGAACGCCCACCCUUGCUUUUUGAGUUGACACGCACUAAUAACGGCAUUCAGAUUGGAGGCUUCCCGUGGCAUUACAUCUACACACCAUCAAAUAAAAAACACAGCGGGACUCACCACAUCUGUUCACUCAAGGAUAAAACUGUGGCAACACAUGGAAUUCAAAACAUGAACUGCUGCUCUCUAGAAAGUGAUGGGAUCUUCUUUCACCCUGACAACUCAGGAAGAAUCAUUCACAUGGGACCAAGCACCAUAAAUGUCCUUAAAAUCCUGGGUGAACUGAACACUGGUUUACCAUCAAAGGUUGUCACUGAUUUCACUUUGGACACUCAGCAGAACAGCCAACCUACCUCACAGGUCACUGUCACAUCAUACGGUCGCACGGUGAGAAGAAGAUUUCAUCAACUAGAUGAUGACCCAGAACAAAAGACUUUCCGUAUGGUGGAAUACGAGGAUGAGCUGGACCUCCUGGCAGUUGUAGUAACCGACAGUGAGGAGGAAGAAGGCAGGGCCAGAGUCCAACUGCAUGACAACCUGAGCGGAGAAUUACUGCGCACUAUUGAUCUGGAUGAACCAUGGGAUGAGACUUAUCGACAUGAGUUGUUCUUCGACAGGGACACGAUAGUUCAUAUGGAACAAACAGACACCAGCUUCAGCUGCCAUGUCUACAAACUUAAGGCUGCCAGAAAAUAAGUGAAUGAAGCUCCAGAAGACUUCAACUGCAGCUAUGCGGACCUCUAUCUGUUUUUUGUACUGUGGUGUACGGUGUACUUGUGGUGCUGUUUAUUCAUCAAUGCAUUCACGUAAUUUCUUCUGUUCAAAUGCCACUUCAUAAUUAUGUUGGAUCUUUUUUUUUUUAUCACUCUAAUGCUCUGCACAGGAAUAUGUUAAACAUGUCCUGUCUCACAGCUAUUUGCCUUUUUUUAAAUUCUUUCUCUGAAAUAAAAAUAUAUUUUUUUAAAUUA